AUGAUGUACUCCAACAUUCUCUCUCUGAUCUGCACUAUAUGGAUACUUCUUAUUCCGUGUGCUGCCCGUGUUAUCGUUAGAGACACAGGUCAGUACUGUUUUAUGGCUCAGAUGAAUACCGGUAACCUGUAUAAUGAACUUGCCCCUGAUAUAGAAGGUGAUGAUCUCUUGCAGCUAGAUGUGAACGUUGCAAUAGCAGUGUCAGGAACGUAUUCGGUGCUAACCGUCCACGACAAGAUCGUUGCAAAUAGAGGCAAAAAUUCGAGCUGUUCUAAAUGCGGCGGAGGCCCGGUCGACGCCAGCCAACAGCGCCUUGUGGCAACUAAAUGUCCACGAGAAAGUAUUGCCCAGCCGAGGGCAAACGAACCACAACAGACAUUCGCUGGAAGUCUUCGGCAACCUACUAUUCACGAAGGCGUAGCUUCUUGGCAACUGCUCACCAAGACGUUAGCGGUUUUUAAACGCACUGGAAGUGCUGUUGGAGGAUUUUUAUUUGAGUACGCCGUUCAUGACAAGAUCGUCGAUUCUUAA